UAGAUAGAUAAACAUAACUAAGCAUAUUGCAAAAAUGGAAAAAUCUCAGUUGCGUCUUUUACUGAGUUAUGGAUGUAUGCAUACGAUCUGCACCUACCUCAGUAUUGAAGCGAUAGCAAAGGUGCUCCGACUAAUAUGCAAGCCAGUCAGCUCUAGAUGGAGUGGCCAAGUAUGGAAGACAUUACUAAAUGCACUAGAGCAAAGAUCACUGAAAAGUAUUGCGAUCCAUGGCUUUGGGGACAAUAAGAAAGCCUGGCUUAUGGCAGACCAUAAGUACCGCUUCUACAGCCUGUCACUUUAUCUAUAUGAACAACAAGAUGCUGAGAACCUGCUGCUUUUUCUUGAAGGUUUACCUAGAGAGAAGAUUCACAUUAUUGCAGUUCAUUGGAAAGGUAGCAAAAAGCAUCAAGGUGCUAUUGUUAGAUAUCUCAGCAAGGUCCAUGAAGCCAUUUGUGCUGGAAGUAAGCUAAAGAGGUUGAUAUUGACAUAUCCUAGUAGCGAAAGCUUGGAUAUCAUUCCAAUAUUACCUUAUCCUGAUCUGUCCCAAUUCUCAUCAGAGCUAGGUCCUUUAAGUAAAAAAUUUAUUGAAUCAUGAACUUCGAUCGAGCAACUGUGCUAUCUUUUGCCUUCGGUAAUGUUCGUUCAAGAGAGUUGUAAAUAGAAGGAGGCUGCAAAUCCUGCAGGAAGAAAGAAGUCCUGAUGCUGACUACCCCAAGGAGUUCCAGAGCCAUUGAUCACCAGUACUUGACCAAGAAGCUAAGCUUAUUGAGCGGAUUGAGGAAGAUAUGAUGAAAUGACAGGUUCAUACCUUGGCUAAAUUUAGCCUUAGGAAGUUCCAUCGAGUGAUGAAGAAGAUUAAUUGAGGAUUCGGGAUAAUUUCACUUGAAUCCUGACCAAUCAUGACUUCUUCGGACCAAGCUGUGCUAUCCUACCCAUCUGCAGUAAUCUUAUCCCCUUUUGGCGUAUACACUGUGGAGAAUCUCUCUUUGAUUUUUGUCAAAGAAAGCUACAUCCCUCUACACUUUUGUGAAGUAAUCAAAACCCGCUAUGGAGAAUACCCACAAGAAGUUUGAGUAGAAGAACUCCUUCAUAUAUCGUUCAAUCUGAAGUGAAAAGGCGAGCCUCACUGAUGUUUCCUGAAUAAUAGUCAUAAGGGUUGAUUCUUGGUCUGCGCAAAGGAACCGAUUCAGAUAUGGUCAGGAGGAGAUUCAGCUUUUGACUUUGCCCAAAGCCUUAGUCCAUCCAAUAUCGGCUCCUUCAGAUAUACUUUAGAAGAUAGGCAAUUUGAUAGGUAUAAAAUCAAUGAGUUGAAAAAGAAGAUCGAAAGAAUUUACAAUACUAGUAUAGAGAUUGCUGAUCAUAAAGAGAAAAUUCAUUUUUGUGAGUACCUCUCCCUACUUAGCUUACCUUUCAGAGAUAUUAGCUUAUAUUUUAGCACAGAUGAUCUUGUGUCAAUGAGUACAGAGGUCAAUCUCCUCAUUGAUGCUGUAUAUUCAAACAAAGUACUGCAGACUCUCACUCUGAAGAGAAAGUAUGAAGGUUUUGAAGUAACAUACAGUCUGAAAAAAUCUCAAAAAGAGAGGUUUGAGCAUGUUGCUCACUCGUUCUUCAAGUUCACUGAAGUCCUUGACUCCAGAAGGAGGUUGAUCGAUAUUCUCUAAUAAUUUCAAUAAUUGCCAUUUUGAAA